GCCAAAGCACAACAAUGCCAGCGCUCUAGCUAGCCUCAGUACAGGAAGCAAACAUGGUCUAAAUGGGAGCGCCAGCUAACUCCUUUUCUUCCACUUGAAAAGACCAACUGUACCAUCAUGGAUUCAAACAAUAUGCACAGUCCUGUGUUCCUGGUGCUUCCUCCAGAGGUUACCAGUCAAGAAUACCAAGCAACAGGACUUACAGCCACAGCCUAUGACUCCCAAAAACGAGUGCAGAAAAUCCUUAUUAGAAAAUUGAAGAUCUUAGGGACCGUCCAGAUCCUGUUUGGAAUCAUGAACUUUUCGUUUGGAGUUGUUUUCCUUUUCACCUUGGUAAACCCAUACCCAAGGUUUCCUUUUAUAUUUAUCUCAGGAUAUCCAUUUUGGGGCUCUGCUUUGUUCAUUAACUCUGGAGCCUUUCUGAUUGCAUUGAAAAGAAAAACUACAGACACUCUGAUAAAAAUGAGCCAGGUGAUGAAUUUACUUAGUGCCCUGGGAGCAGCAGCUGGAAUCAUUCUCCUCAUAUUUGGUCUCCUUCUAGAUAAAGAAUUCAUCUGUGGCUAUUCUACAGAUGCUAUUCAAUGUGGUCCUAUUACUGUUCUAUUCCUUGAGCUUGAGAACAGAAUGACAACACCUAGAAACUCAGUGAGUGGAACUUUCCCGAUAGAGUCUACCAAAGGCCCUCUUGCCAUGCAGCCUUCUCAAAAAGUAAACCUCAGGAGGACAUCUUCACUGGUGGGCCCAACACAAAGCUUCUUCAUGAGGGAAUCAAAAGCUUUGGGGGCUGUCCAGAUCAUGAAUGGCCUCUUCCAUAUUUCCCUUGGGGGGCUGCUGCUGAUCCCCACAGGGGUCUUCGCACCCAUCUCUGUGAGUGUAUGGUACCCUCUCUGGGGAGGCCUUAUGUAUAUUAUUUCGGGAUCACUCCUGGCAGCAUCAGCAGAGCAAACCUCCAGGAAGAGUUUGGUCAAAGCCAAAGUGAUAAUGAGCUCCCUGAGCCUCUUUGCUGCCAUUUCUGGAAUAAUUCUUUCAAUUAUGGACAUACUGAACAUUACAGUUUCUCAUUUUUUAAAAAUGGAGCGUCUGGAUCUUAGUAAAACUCCCAACCUGUAUGUUGAUAUCUACAACUGUGAACCAUCUAAUUCCUCGGAGAAAAACUCUCCAUCUACACGGUACUGCUACAGCAUGCAGUCUGUGUUUUUGGGCAUUUUGUCAGUGAUGCUGAUCUUUGCCUUCUUCCAGAAACUUGUGACAGCUGGCAUUGUGGAAAAUGAGUGGAAAAGAAUGUGCUCCAGACCCAAAUCUAAUGUGGUUCUGCUGUCAGCUGGAGAAAAAAAAGAACAGACAAUUAAAAUGAAAGAAGAAAUCAUUGAGCUAAGUGGAGUAUCUUCCCAACCAAAGAAUGAAGAAGAAAUUGAAAUUAUUCCAGUGCAAGAAGAAGAAGAAGAAGAAACAGAAAUAAACUUUCCGGAACCUCCCCAGGAACAGGAAUCCUUGCCAGUGGAAAAUGAGAUCUCUCCUUAAAUUCUUUUCUUUUAUAAGCAUUAUUAUUUAGAGAGCUUCUAAGACACACAGCUACCCUCAUUUCUUGCGGUCUUCCACAUCUAUUCUCCAUGUUUCCACAGCUUGUCUUUGCAUAGAGAAGCCACAUCUAGCUCUCCUUCACAUUUAGAGAAUGUAGCAAUUAUAGCAGAUUGUGUUGUCCUUUGCUUGGGAAUCUUACAUAGGCAGAAAUGCUGCAGAAUCCAAUUCUCAUUCACCUUUUUCUUGGGUGGGCAUUUUAGUAGUAUUAGUGUUUUUCCCCAUUUCUUCCAUCAGCAACCGCAGCUGAAGGGAAAGACACAUGACUGUUUCAUCCGUCUCUGAACUCUCAGACUCCUUCCCUACCUACACUCUUUGUGGAGUCCUUUUUGCACUAUUAUUUUAAGGAAAAUAGAAAUAAUAAUGAAAGGGAAUGAGACAGCUAUUUUUUCAGGGUAACAGAGCCUGUAGCAUUUUCCUCCAGCUUCUGUAUCCCAUUUGUAAAGCUGUGAAAGGCAAUAACUAACCCUAUCUAUGUACAAACAGCAGAGCUUACACAUAAGCAAGUCUCUUUGUCUUAACUUUGCCCAACUCCUGUUUCUGGGCUUCUGGUCACAUUGUUUACCUCCUUGUACUCUUUAGUCAAAAGAAGAAAGGAUGAUGGGACACAAUGGGUACCCAAAUCUCAAAUCAUAAGCAACACCUGUGCUUACAGGAUGCUUUCCAGAGGGCAGAGUAGUUUAUGAAAUGGUUUCAUUUGAUCUUUCAUGACCAUGAAAGAAUCCAUGUCACUAUUUUCAAUUAAAUUGAAACUAGGAAGUAAGCCAAAGUAUCCUAUAUCCAUCAUACCUAAUAGUUGUGGGGACUUGACUCAGACUUUGCUCUUCAAAUCCUUGUGAUGUUUGAAAUGACCAAAUUAUAUAUACCCAAUGUCUGCAUAAGCUGUACCAAGAUCGUAGUCUAUGAGCAAUGUGUUGAGUCACAGAAGAGUCAGAACUGGAUUUGAUACCAUGUAAAUAAAAACACCUAAAAACUUACAUCAUUUAGAAAACUUGUCAAGACAUUAAUGAGCAAUUAGCUAGUAAGCUAUAAGAUGCAGAUACUAAGCACUAUAAAUGGUCUCAGCAAGAUCAAGCUUAGAAACAAUAUAGUUAAGAUGCCAAAUCUCAGGCCACCCUACUUUUCCACUCCCAUUCAUGUGCAGGGAGGCUAGUACCUAACCUAGGAACACUGUUAGCCUAAGAAGAUCUCGCCAUAAUCUAUUAGCCAGAUACCAUAAUCAGUCUGCUUUGAGGCAUGAUGAGUAUACGGACAACUUAAGUUACACACCCUGGAAUUUUUCUAUUUUAUUAGAAGUUACUGGUGGGAGGUAUUUCCUGUAAUUACAAAUAAAAUGGAAGUAGAACUUUU